CUGAAAAUUUAUGUUUCCCCCCCGCGCUGGUUAUUCCCAUCUACUGACGAAGUCAUAUAACCUGUACAUAAAAAAAAUCUUGCUCGCACCCUCCGCACACCAGUCCUGUCACAAACAGGAAACGAGAAACAAUCAAGUAAAAUCGUGAAGCAGUUAGUCAGAGUUUGUAGGAUAAUAUUUUCGAUAUUAUAUUAAUUCCUCAUUGUACCACGAAUAAUGGCUAGAACCAAGGAAGGCUGUAUGAUUAUUUUGGAUGUUGGAAAGGACACUCUCGUCAAAAGUGGCAACGAUGGUCAAACUUUUUUCGAACGUGCUAAAAAUUGUGUUUCCAAAAUCGUUCAACGAAAGAUAUUUAGUAAGCCUCAAGAUGAGGUUGGAUUGGUGCUUAUGGGCACUGACGAAACAAAUAAUCAACUUAAUCUGGAUUACGGUGGAUAUCAAUAUAUCUCAGAGGCUUUUGAAUUGAAUCCGAGUAACUGGCAGAUGCUCCGAAUCCUGGAAAAACAAGUCCAUCCAUCAACAGUUAAUGGCGAUUGGUUUGAUGCGCUGAUUGUUGCAAUGAAUUUUCUGAAAGUGAAUGCGCAAGCUAAAAAGUUUGCUUCAUUGAAAAUUAUUCUCGUAUCAGCCCUAUCUGUCGCAUCUCAUCUCGACUCGGACCAGAUGGACUCGGUGGUUGCAAAGCUGAAAGACAUGCCAUGUGAAUUGAAUGUUAUCAACGAUAGUGUGGAAUUUUGCUCGGAUUCUGAUAAGCAAGAUGGAGAGCACCUAACAUUUGAAACAUUUGGAAUAUUUAGUCAGAAGCACCAAAAAACCAACGAACAACGAAAUAAUGAGGAAAUGCUGACCGAUAUAGUUUAUAAAUCAAAUGGUGCUCUUUGUAAUAUUGAUUUCGCUGAGUUACUUCUCGUGCAUUUCGAGAAAAAGGUUACCAGGGCCGCGCCGUGGAACAGCAUUCUAUCAAUUGGAAAUAAGAUACAAAUCAGUAUUUCUGCUUUCCUCCUAAUCACAGAGGAAAAAGGUUUGGGAUCGUUUAAAACCGAGUCCAGCUUUCCUAAUGCUAGCGUUCAGCUGAAAACCGACUAUUUCAAAAACGAUCAGCCAUUUGAACCGGACUAUCAAAAUGUAAUCAAUGGCUACAUGUAUGGUUCAACUGUUGUACCUUACGAUAGUGAAAUCGAUAUUGACUAUAAAUCUGGUGAACAACGGCUUUCCUGUUUAGGAUUUACAUUGGUCAGUAAUAUACUAGACGAAUACUUAAGCGGAACCGGCACACAUGUGGUUGUGCCGAGGAAAGAGUGCAUUGCUUCGGAAGCCAAACUGGGCGCUCUUGUAAAAGCCAUGAUUGAUUUGAACGUUGUGAUGAUCGUCACCAAAGUAUAUCGGCGCGAUACAAGACCCAAGAUUAACGUUCUUAUGCCAACUUACAGAAAGCGUUACCCCUGUCUGAUCAUGCUGGAGCUAUGUUUUCAAGAAGAAGUGGCUCUACUUAAGUUUCCUCCACUCCUAUCGAACAAAAACAUCCCAACCGAUGCACAGUACGAGUCCAUAGACAAGCUGAUCGAUUCCAUGGAUCUCAUGGACGCUUUGGACGAUGACACUGGCUCCAAAGAAGCUUUUGCUCUGCACAAAACGUUGAAUCCCAUACAUCAGCACAUGUACAGAACGGUGGCCUAUCGAGCACUUCAUCCGAAAGCUCACCUUCCGGCUAUGGAUGAAGAGCUAAAAAAGCUAGUCGAUGUGCCUUCCAAAAUUCGAGAAAGAUGUAAACCUGUGAUGGAAGAAGUGAAAAACCUGUUUCCACUGAAAGAGGUCAAGGUCAAUGCUCGACUAAAGUGGCUGCAAAAGGCAAAUAAAAUAACCGCUGAUGGUGAUGCAACUGUCGUCGGUACAUCCCAACAAAAUGCGACUGACGCCGAAGAGGAUUUAGAUGACCAGAGAACGAUCGUGGAAGUAGGUACUGUUUCACCCGCUGAAGACUUCGCUUUGCUACUGAAGCGUGGAGAAAAGUUUGUAAUCCUUUGCGGCCAGAUCCAGAACGUUAUUUCGGAUUUGGUGUUCAAAUCGAUGACUAUACAAUACGAAAAAGUGGCUAUGGCCAUGAUGAUGUACCGCGAGGAAGCGAAACUCAUGGGCCCUUAUCGGUACAAUGAAUGGAUAGCAGAAUUUAAGAAAAGCCUUCUCAGUCGAAACAAGCAGGAAUUCUGGGAAAAAGUAGUAUUGCGUGAACGCUUCGGACUAAUUGGUACAAGUGAAAGCGAUAUGAGCACUAUUACUACAGAUGAAGUUGAGGAAUUUUACAACGUAAACAUUGCACCGAAAGCCAGCAGCGCUGAUGAUAAUGCUGACUACGUAGAUGCAGAUGAUUUAUUCGCAAACAUGUGAAUUAUUAAAAAGUAUUUUAAUCAUCAUUUUUAAAUAACUGUUGAAAAUUCUGUUAACAAAUAAAAACGUGUUUCAUGAACUUA